GAGGAAGAGGCCGCGGCCGCCCCGGGCCCGCCGCGAUGGAGGCGCUGCCGGCGCCGCUGCCCGCGGGCUCCCCCGCCGCCCUGCUGCCCGCCGCGGGCCCCGCCGCCGUGACGGCCAAGGGGACGACGCCGGCGGCGCCGAGGCAGACGAAGAAGAUCCUGGAUGAGGAGGCCUACAUCGAGAGCUUGGAGAAGAUCAUUCAGCGGGAUUUCUUCCCCGACGUGGAGAAGCUGCGGGCGCAGAAGGAGUAUCUGGAGGCUGAGGAGAACGGCGACUUGGAGAAGAUGAGGCAAAUUGCCAUCAAGUUUGGCUCCUCCUUGAACAAAUCGUCGAGGGACACACCUGCACCCUAUGUUACCCCAGCCACGUUUGAAACCCCAGAAGUGCAUCCAGGCGGCCUUCCACUGGGAAGUAAAUCCAAAGGCGGCAUCAAAUCUUCAGAAGAAGGAGAUGCAGAAAAAGAUGAUAAAGAUGCCCUUCCCAGCCUGGACACCUUCCUGGCCAAGCACACGAGUGAAGACAAUGCUUCGUUUGAGCAGAUCAUGGAGGUGGCCAAGGAGAAGGAGAAGGUCAAGCACGCGUGGCUGUACAGUGCAGAGGAGGAGUACACUCGGCGACAAAAUGAAAACCUGGCACUUCCUUCAGCAGAGCAGCAAGCUCUGGAGAAUGUGAAAGCUGGACUGGAUACCUGGGAAUACACGGCUCGGAACACCCUCAUGUAUUACCCAACAGGUGUACCUGAUGAGAGUGACGUCUUUAAGAAGCCCAGGGAAGUUGUCCAUCGAAACACCCGCUUUGUGAAGGACCCUUUUAGCCAAGCUGUGAGCAAAUCACAGCUCCAACAAGCUGCAGCCCUCAAUGCUCAGUACAAACAGGGCAAAGUGGGACCAGAUGGGAAAGAACUGAUACCCCAGGAGUCUCCAAAAGUGAACGGAUAUGGAUUUGUGGCUACCCCCUCUCCUGCCCCAGGUGUGAAUGAGUCUCCUUUUAUGACAUGGGGUGAAAUCGAGAGCACCCCUUUGCGUCUGGAAGGGUCAGAAACACCCUAUGUGGACAGAACACCUGGACCAGCCUUCAAGAUCCUGGAGCCUGGGCGUCGGGAGAGGUUGGGACUCAAGAUGGCCAAUGAGGUGGCAGCUAAAAACCGAGCAAAGAAGCAGGAGGCACUUCGAAAAGUGACAGAAAACUUGGCCAGCCUCACUCCAAAAGGACUAAGCCCAGCAAUGUCACCAGCUUUGCAAAGACUGGUAAACAGGACUGCAAGUAAAUACACUGACAAAGCCCUGCGAGCCAGCUACACCCCCUCCCCGGCCCACACAGGAACUCCUGGUUACAAGACCCCGGCCAGUGGGCCCCAAACACCCCAGGGCACCCCACAGUCUAGGACAGUGUCUCAGACACCGGUAUCUCAGGAUACCACAUCGAUCACGGACAAUUUACUGCAGCUUCCUAAAAGAAGAAAAGCAUCUGAUUUCCUCUGAAUAUUCCAGUCACCAGGAAGGUGGUGGUGACCUGGCUGGGCUCAGGACUGCAGACUGGUUGUUGGAAACUGAAGGGAAAAUGAAGAUAAUUUUCUCUGUUUGUCUGUUUAAGCUGGCCACGCAUUUGAAUUCGUUUCUGUACAGAUACACCUAUUUCUAAAAUGGGCUAAACCUUCCUAAAAGGCUGAACUGGACUUUGUUCCAGCUUGUCAAACUACUUUGAGUUUGUACUUUGCAGAAGAGGGGACACAGCUGUGUAUACUGAGACAUGACAGAAUUUUGGAGAGGUUCUCUUGAAUUUGAAUUUAAACUGCUGCAGUUCACAAGUUAGACCAACUUUGUGAUCUUGUUAAAACCAGCAAUCCUUAAGAGGAUCCCUGUUCCUCCUCCACUCCUUACACUUGUGCAGAAUGGGAUUUGCCUUGCUGCCUUUGCUCAGGCUUUUCUUUCCACGGGUUUUGGGCUCGCCCUGUUCUGCAGCUGGCAGAGGGGAAGGGACCAGAUUUGUUUUUAUAGCUGCUCUGUCUGUGACUCAAAAGACUUGAUGAUAUUGAGGAUCACAACACAAGGGCUGGGGACAUUCCUGGGUCAUCCACCAGGGUGACAGUGCCAUUCUGGAGAACAGAAGUGGUACUUCUGAUAGCCACACUGGGGCUUUUGUUUGGUGUUUUCCUCACAUUCUUUGAAACUUUUGGCUAAUUUUUAGAACUAGGAAAAAAAAAAAAAAGAAAAAAAGCGAAGCAAUUUUAACCAUUCGUAGCCUGCACUCAGAGCUGCGGUUGCUCCAGUGUGAGCUGGCCUUUGUGUGUGGGAUGAGCCCUUGUGUGGUGUGAUCCAGCCCGGAGAAGCACCGUUCACCGUUUAGAAGGAAGCAGAAGUGGCCAGAUGUGUGCACUUCUUGCACCACACCUGAGUACAAGACAGCCUGUGUAAUGCUUGGCAGUGUUGACAUUUGCUGUAAUCACGUGAUGUUUUACUGGAGGAACAUCCAUGGAAAGUCUUAUGCAGCUCUGAGGAGUGUCUGCAGCCUUCUCUAAGGUCUGGGGUGUUGGAUGUUGUGUUUGUCUUGGUGGAGAACUUCCCCUUCUGUGGUUUCCCCUGCCACUUCCAAAACUUGUGUCCCUGACUCCGAAAAACCCUUCCAAGGGACUUGAGUUUUAUAGUGCACCUUGUAAAAAUAAAUUGAUCAACAUGGCAUUUCCAGGAAUCAUGACUCAAGAAAUUAAUAAUUUUUGCCUUUUUAGUCCAGAAAUAAUUGAAGGCUAAGUUUUUUCUUUAAGCAGAAAAAUUUAUUCUCAGGGACCACUGAAUGAACAUGAAAGGAAUCCACUUACUAAAGUUUCUGUGCUUUUGGAGAUGUCCUUUAAGAACAGAACUGGCUAAAUACCAAUCAAGUUCUUAGGUAAUUUCAAAUACUAAUUAUUUAUCUCAUAGUGAAAUGCUUAUCUCCAUUAAACACAGGAGCUCUCUGCUGGAGUACACAGGCAGAUGGUCAGGCCCUGGCCUGGAGUUUGAGUCACUAAGGGGACCGGGAGCAAGGAGUAGAUGUGAGAUUCCAACCCGUUUGUGGGUGUGGCAGUUCUCUCCUCUGAGUGUGGGGUGCACGUGAAGACUGGGCAGUGUUUCAGGGACCGUGGAUGAGGAGUACACAUGGGUCAGGAGCGGGAUGUGACGUGUCUGCCACGGCAUUUUAAACUGGUUGUGCUUGUACCAAGGUGUAGCUGGGAUAAUAGAAAGGGAAAUACGAUGUCUGAGAGUGGUUAGUUCCGUGUUGUGCAAUUCGUGCCUAAAAGCAGAUUGCAUUAAAUAUCCUGUGGAUGGUGUUGGUUUUGUGUUCGCCCUCAAGUGAAUUAACCUAGGCAGCUGUACUAAAAUCACAGUCUUGAUUCUGCCACACUGAAGGGCCUUCACAUGGUUUCUGGAAAUGUAAUUUAUUUUCAGUUGAAUGCUAUAAAACUGGAUCUCUUGAAGGGGCUGUAGUGCUCUUCAGAUUGGCUGUUCCUGUAACGCCUGCUGUAAUGUCUGGUCUCUGCUUCCUGCAGCAGCUCAGCCCCUGAUAUCUGUAAUUAGGGAAUCAGUAAAUAUUGCCAGAUAUUUUUGCUGCUGUAGCAGUGGCAGAUAAUCUGCCUUACAGGGCCAGAUCCAGUGGGAAAAACCAUCUUGGUUCUUGA